GAUCCCAUUCUUUCCGUACCUCCUCAUCCUGGCUGACUCACUUGACCUCCCGGAGUGAAAGGGGUGGAGGGAGGCAGGGCUCUCACUGUCACUUCCAGGAACCAGGAGCCCUCACUUGGGGGUCCCCCAGGCAGCAGGAACAAACCUGGGGGCGGCACUGGCAGGAAAUGUGCUUUGACUGUGGUGCCAAAAACCCCAGCUGGGCCAGCAUCACGUACGGGGUCUUCCUCUGCAUUGACUGCUCCGGCACUCACCGCUCCCUUGGGGUUCACCUGAGUUUCAUCCGGUCUACCGAGUUGGACUCUAACUGGUCUUGGUUCCAGCUGAGAUGCAUGCAAGUUGGAGGGAAUUCCAAUGCUUCUUCCUUCUUUCAUCAACAUGGCUGUACAACAAAUGAUACCAAUGCCAAGUAUAAUAGUCGCGCUGCUCAGCUUUAUAGGGAGAAGAUUAAAUCUCUCGCUUCCCAAGCAGCCCGGAAGCACGGCACUGAUUUGUGGCUGGAGAGCUGCGUGGUCCCUCCGUCAUCGCCACAGCAGAAGGAGGAGGACUUCUUUGCUUCCCAUGCUUCUCCCAAGGUUAGCGACCCGGAGUGGGCAGCGGCACAGCCCGAGCCGAUCUCUUUCAGAUCGAGUUCUUCUGGAGCCGUGCUGGAGAGUAAUGAAGGUAGACCAGAGCAAGGACCAAGUGUUGAAGGCCUGAGUGUGUCACCAAAAGCUUCAUUGGAUGUUUCCUCUCUCAUAAAAAAGAAACCGACCCAGGCUAGAAAGGGGCUCGGAGGCAAGAAAGGGGGUUUGGGAGCCCAGAAAGUGAGCGGCUCAAGCUUCAGUGACAUAGAGAAGCAGGCCCAGGCGGUGGAGAAGAGGAAGGAGCAGGAGGACCUCCAGGCCCCCAAAGAAGAGUCCGUAGUCUCUUCAUUGCGACUGGCCUACAAGGACCUGGAGAUUCAAAUGAAGAGAGAUGAGAAGAAUUUUAGCGGGAAAAAGAAAAUCGAGUCGGAGAGACUUGGCAUGGGGCUUGGGAACGCCAGAAGUGGAAUUUCCCACUCCGUGGUCUCAGACAUGCAGACCAUAGAACAGGAGACGCCCAUCCUGGCCAAACCGAGAAAGAAAUAUAGUGAUGACAAGGAGGAUUCCUAUUUCACUUCAUCCAGUACCAGCAGGUACUUUGACGACCCAGCCGACACGAGGGGCAGCCCCGUCUCUAAGUGGGACGACAGCUCAGAUCUCUUUUGGAGGAACGAGCCCCUCAGAGAGACAGAAACCAUCCUGAGUUCAAAAGGGACGAACUACGCAGACAGGCCCACUUCGCGUCGCAAGCCUGAUUAUGAGCCGACUGGAAAUACAGAUGAAGCACAAAAAAAAUUUGGCAACGUCAAAGCCAUUUCAUCGGACAUGUAUUUUGGAAGACAAGACCAGGCCGAUUAUGAGACAAGGGCUCGGCUAGAGAGGCUCUCGGGAAGCUCCUCCAUAAGUUCGGCUGACUUGUUUGACGAUCAGAGGAAACAGUCCUCAGGAAACUACAACCUCAGCAACGUUUUGCCAAAUGCCCCGGACAUAACGCAGUUCAAACAAGGAGUUAGGUCGGUGGCGGGGAAGCUCUCGGUACUGGCCAACGGAGUCAUGACAUCCAUUCAGGAUCGCUACGGCUCCUGAUCACGGCCUUCCGUGGCACAUGGUGCGUCCUGGUUUGUCCAUCACGCCCAAGCCAGCGAGUGGCCAUCAUGCCGAGGGUCUGGCCACCUUUCCGUCAAGCAGGGAGCUCUCGAAUGGUUCACUUCCUUUUUGAGAAAUUCUUUUUCUUGCUGUAGUAGAAGCUUUUUCGUAAUUUCUGUUAAUUUAUGGUACAUAUUGAUUCCUCACCCUGGCCCACGCUCCCGGGGGCCUCGCCUUCCUGUCCGUGCCUGGCCACACUUCCCAUCACGGCCGGAGAGAGCGGCCCACAGGAGGGGUCGGUGGCCCCUCUGCCCCGCGGCCCCCUGAUCUCCUUUCUCUUCAGCAUUUGGUCCUGGGGCUCCCAGAGCUGCUGACCUGAUGCUCCCAGCAGUCCGGGGAGGAAACGCCCCAGGCAAACACUUCCUUCAGUGGGGCCGUUGUGGACCAAAGCCGAAAAUCCCAAACGGUUCCCACAUCUGUUCUUUAAAGCAACGGGAAGAUCGUGUCGAAGACAUUCUUUCCCUUUUUAAAUUGUUAACUUUGUAUGAAAUACAAGAUUUUUAACGUUUCCGACGAGUGCAUUAAAUCAAUCUAGCUUCAGGAAUGAUUUCAUCUUGGUGCUUGCACGGGGCCUGCCACUUCUGGGGAGACGCAGCUGAGGGCGCAGGUUCGGCUUCGGCCUGACGCUUAAGAGUGUGUGUGACGGAAGGGGAGAGAACCGGGGCCAUAAACACGCACACACACUCACACGCACUUAUGUGCACAGAUAUGUGCACACCUGGUACAUGCAGUGUGCACACACAAUGCUCACUGCAUGAUGCAGAUACAUGUGCACAGCACAAUACACUCACGCACAUACAUGCUCACACACCCGCGUGCACACACACACAAGCUCCCCCAGCACCCGCCAGGACUCCAGUUGUGACAGUGAGGGAUUUUCUUUUUACCCACCUGAACCUUGGCUUUCAGCAAAUCCCCCCGGGCCUCCAAGGAAGCAGAAGCAAUGGGCCAGUCGUGUUUUAGGUGCAAGAAAUUGGGCAAAGUGGAACAUCGGUUUCUCCCCAGUGCUUACAGAAUCUUUCUUAAAAUGAUAAAUCUCCAGUUUGUAAACUUCUAAAGCUAAUAAAUAGUUGCAGUCGA